GCUCAUGUCUGGGGUUCCCCCUGCUGGUCCCUCACUGAACUUCAGUACCCUCAUGGUUCUCUGCUCUUAGCUCCUUAAAAAUGCAGUUUAACGCACAAAAAAAAUCUGCAAACUGACCUACAGGGAAAUGUCCUGCUUCUUCCAUAACAAGAUAAACACAAAUAGAAACCAUGACCAAGUGCACCCGGGGUCAGGGAGCCAGUGGCCCUCACGUGCUGCCCGGCAGUGGACACUGCUUAGCUGUUUGUGAAGUCCAGUCCGGGCUUGCUAAUAGAAUCGUCUCACUUUGGGGAACUCACCCAAGUCUUUGAGUGGCAUGUCUGAGCUCACCAAGUAGAUGCCAUGAGCAAAGCUCCCCCCACCGGGCUGGAAAAAUUUAUGGACAAGAAAUUAUUAUUGAAAUUAAACGGUGGCAGACACUCCCAAGGAAACUGUGGGGGGGUUGAUCCCUUCAUGAAUCUCGUGAUAGAUGAAUGUGUGGUGACGGCAACUAGUGGGCGACAGAACGACAUUAGAAUGGCGGUAAUUCCAGAAAGUCAUGUCAUCGUGUUAGGAGCCUUGGAACGAGCAUAAACAGUGGGUGUGCUCAAGGGAAGAAACCAGCGGCUUCCACACACCCCCUCUCUAUGGCACCUGUUUUCCUACAAUGUAAAAAUCAGAUCGCGCAUGUUCAUACUGAACUUUUUUGUUAAAUAAACUUUUGUAGUUGAAAAUGCUUUCUCGGACAUUCUGAACCUAGAAAAUCGAACGUUAGCUCUUAUUCUAAUUUUUUCUAAUAUGAACUAUUUCUCGUCAAGAACGACUUGUUCCAAACCUUUUAUGCAUUGAUAUAGAAGAAUCUGAUUAAAUGUGAAGCAUGGCUGGGGCGCCUGGGUGGCUCAGUGGGUUGAGCAUCCAACAUCAGCUCAGGUCAUGAUCUCACAGUUCGUGGGUUCCAGCCCUGUAUCGGGC